CGGCGAGUAUCAAAACCAUCCGCGCCGCCCGCUCUUCCCACGAAAGACACAAAUGGCAACACACAACAAACGAUGAUAUCACGAUCGAUACAGCGCGGCGUUUUUGCCGCGGCCAGGGCAUCCGCCCGUCCCAGCCGGAGCUGUCGCGUGCCCUCCCCGGCCGCUAACCUCCUCGCCCGCCGGUACCAGUCCGGAGGGCCGUUCCAACCGAUGAGACCACCAUCACCCGCCGAGCUUGGCGCACCCAAGGCGGCCAAGCAAUACAAAAAGGGCCGCAAGUGGACGCGGCGCCUUGUCUGGCUCGUGGUCAUUGGCGGCACCGUCUACGCUGUCGACAACUACGUGUACGCCGCCGGGCUUACCCGGUCCGCCCGAACCUUUGCGACGACGCUCCUCGUGGCUCUGGAUUACAAGAUGAACUUCCGACCGGAGCCGUGGAUCGGCAACUCUAUUCAGGAUGUGCACCGUCGCAAUGCUGAACGCUUGUUCAACCUGUUGCGUGACAAUGGCGGCCUGUAUCUCAAGAUUGGUCAGGCUGUGGCCAUGCAGAGCGCAGUGCUGCCGCCCGAGUUUCAAAAGAUGUUUUCGCGUAUGUUUGACGAUGCGCCGCAAAACGACUGGCGCGAUGUCGAAGCCGUUAUCAGAGAGGACUUUGGCAAGAGCGUAGAGGAGGUGUUUGGCGUCAGCUUUACGGGUAAGGCUGGAUACGGCGUCAUGGAGAAGAAGGCGAGAGCUAGUGCCAGCGUUGCCCAAGUACACUGGGCGAGACUACCGGAUGGCAGAGAGGUAGCUAUCAAAGUACAGAAGCGGGAGAUUGCCAAGCAAAUCUCGUGGGAUCUGUGGGCGUUCAAGACCGUAACGUGGAUCUAUUCCAAGUGGUUCGACUUGCCAUUCUACAGCAUGGUUCCCUAUGUCGCCGAACGACUCGAGCUCGAGACCGACUUUGUCAACGAGGCGAAGAACUCGCGAACGAUGCGCGACCUCAUCAACUCGGAGCGAAGCAUGAAGGGCCGCGUCUACGUCCCCGAAGUAUAUUCAGACCUCUCCUCGAAGCGCAUCCUCACGGCUGAAUGGAUCGAAGGCGUGCGUCUAUGGGACAAGAAGGCACUUACAUCGCGCUGGGUCGGCGGCUAUGGCAAGGGAACACCUGGCGCCAGAAGCCCUCUGCCAGCUGCCGACAUGGACGCCAUCCGUCACGGCAUCCGCGUCAACCCGUACCAAGAAUUCUACAAGCCCGAGCGUCAAGAGUGGAAGGGUCCCCGCGGCCGCGGCGGCCUAGGCCUAUCGACCAAGGAAGUCAUGACAAUCAUGAUUGACCUGUUUUCAGCGCAAAUCUUCAAAUGGGGCGUCGUACACUGCGAUCCUCACCCCGGGAACAUCUUUGUGCGCCGCCUGCCUAACGGCAAAGCCGAGCUUGUGCUCAUCGACCACGGCCUGUACGUGUACAUGUCAUCCAAGUUCCGACAAGAGUACGGCGCGUUCUGGAAGGCCCUGAUGACGUUUGACAACAAGACGGUGGCGGCCAUCACGGAGCAGUGGGGCAUCAAGGCGCCGGACCUGAUGGCCAGCGCAACGCUGAUGCGUCCAUAUGACGGCGGGGACGGGCGUACGCGCAAGGGCAUCAACGAGGUGAUGAGCAAGAAGACGCGGGCGGAGCGGCACUACGAGAUGGAGCAGCGCAUGAAGAAGGGCGUGCGGGAUCUGCUGGCCGACGAGGACAAGUGGCCCAAGGAGCUCAUCUUUAUCGGGCGCAACAUGCGCAUUGUGCAGGGCAACAACCAGUACCUGGGGUCGCCGGUCAACCGCAUCAAGAUUAUGGGCAACUGGGCGAGCCGCGCGCUGUUUGAGGCCAAGGACCUGCCGUGGCACAAGAGAGUCACCAACAUGUACCAGCACUUGGUGUUUAAGAUGGUGAUUACGGCCAGCGAUGUCGCAUUCUACUUUUACAAGGCGCGCCAGUGGCUCGGUCUGGGCGGCGGCAUGGAGGACGAGAUGGAGCAGAAGAUGAAGGACAUGGCGCAGGACAUGGGCAUUGAGCUGCAGCACGAGGUGUUUGACGGCUAGACACAACUAGUUGGGCAUCGGACAAACAUUGUACUCUACUCUAUUUUAUUUUAUUUCUUCUUCUUCUUCUGCGUCAUAGAAAUACGAGGGUAGUAGAGUAGUUAGACGUGGCAAGACAGACGGACAGGGCCAUUGUACGAUAUGAAAACAAUACAAGCAUUCUUGACUCU